AUGAGUACGCUCCAGUCUACACAAACAGCUGCAGCACCGGUGACAACUGCAGCCUCAGACACCCCCAUUAUCGCUGCAGCAACCACGCCAGCAGUCGCUGCACCAGCAACUGCUGCUGCUGUCUCCACGAAUGCAGACAUUGCAAGCAAAACAGAAACCGCUAAUGGCGAAACCAAGCCUGAGCCAGCAGAAGAAAAGUCAGCUCUGAACGAGAGGCCGCGGAUAUGGCGUUCAGACACAGAGAAAAUCAUUGAGGAGGCGACCCGGCCGCUCGACACAGUUGCGGAUGCCCUGCAGCGGCCGUACGUGCAAAAGACGCUGAGCAGCAACCUGAUGGAGAUUAUGGCGUGGGACCUGAUGGAGACGAUGACGACGGAGAACGAGUACAACCAGCAUAUUCGGCGCUUCUUGAAUAUCUUGCUGGGCGACGACCCGGAGACCGCGCACCUGGAGCUGAUCGAUAACUACAAUAUGGAAGAUGUGCGCGCGCGUGACCAGCUUUUGCAGCUGGUGUAUGAGUCGCUGGCGCGCAGCGACGAGUUUCUGCAUAGGGUCGACGAGUCACGCAGCAAGAUCACGUUUGCUAUCGAGCAGCGGAACCAGCUCAAGACGCGGAUGGAGAAGACUGCCGGUACAGCAGAGCUGCUGAAGGGGCUGGAGGAUGCCCGGGCCCAAUACAAGGCAUCGUGGCAGCGGGCACGCGAGCUUGCUGUUGCCCUUGAUCCCGAUACUCCUGGUCCCCAGCUCGACAGCAGCGAUUCAGCCGAUCAGCGGAGCAAACUGCAAGAGGAGCGCGACCGCCUAUACGCCGAGGCCGUGGACAAGUCGAACCAGAUACAUAAUCUCCUGGAGUGCGCCCGUCAGCUCCAGCUUACCUCGGCGCAGCUCCUGCAGGUUUCAAAGUGA